GGGUAGUACGGUAGUACACUUUAGUUGGGGUGUACUGGGUGUACCAACUGAAAGGGUGCUGCCGUGCUGCGUGCUGCCAGUGCUGCUGUCAAGAGUCGGUAAAAGUGAUGGACCGCAGUGAGCGUGUUUGCGUCGAACCAAGCGUGCGAGGGCCAUCUGCAGUACUCGCUUAUGCAGCCUCAAACCUGGUGGCCCGGCUCUGCUGAAGCAUGCCUCGCCCGCAGUCACUCAAGUCUGAAUGCAGCACCAUGACAGCUUGUUCGUCACGGCGUGUGCGCAGCAGCUCGGGGGACGGUGCCUACAGCUCGACGAGUGAAGCUGAGUUCAACUCGGACCACGAGCUUGACUUAGAUGCUGAGGUGGACCCACAGAAGCUGCUCGGGGCCUGGCUUGGAGAACUUGACGCCAUCAACCAGGAUCUGGAUGGGCUGAGCAGUUUUCCGGCUGGCAUGGCGACCAACCCAGCUGUGGCCGCCACACCAAGGCUGGAUGGCUACCGCUUUUCCAUGCUCAACUUGGAAGAGAGCCCAGAUGUGGAGCUCGAUGCUAUCCUGGGUGAGCUGUGUGCCCUGGAGACGCAGUUUGAGCGCGAGAUCGAGGCCAGGGCAGCGCCUCCUCCAUCAUGCACCCCCACUGCCAGCCAGCGUGCAUCCAGUGGCCGCGGUCGAAGCAAGCUCGACCUUCAGGACGGGACUGUGUCCACCAAUGGAGGGGUUGCUAGGACAGACAGCCCCGACAAUGACUCAGCCUUCUCGGACAAUGUGUCGAUGCUCUCCUCCGAGUCCUCGGCCUCAUCUGGUGGUGGAAAUAAUGUCCCGCGCACGGAACCCAAGGCCAACUCUGGCCUGGCAUCAUCACCUUGUCAGCUCUUGGAAGCCAUCAAUGUCAAGCUGCGGUCUAUUCAGGCUGGUAUUGAGCUGGAUACCCCACCUCCAGCUGAGCAAGCUGCGCGUCUCAAGGCUGAAAAGAUUAGGAUAGCUUUGGAGAAAAUGAAGGAGGCCAGCGUGCAGAAGUUGUUCAUCAAGGCAUUCAGCGCGGACAACAGUGCCAAGAGUCUGCUGGUGGAUGAGCGCAUGAGCAUUGUUCAUGUGACGCGCCUGCUUGCUGACAAGAACCACGUCCCCAUGGAUCCCAAGUGGGCCAUCCUCGAGAGCAUCCCUCAGCUCUACAUGGAACGUGUCUAUGAAGACCAUGAGAAUCUGGUUGAGAAUCUUCUGCUCUGGACUCGUGACUCGUCUAACCGGAUUCUAUUUGUGGAACGGGAAGAGAAGUACGACCUCUUUGUGAGGCCGGAGAACUACCUGCUGGGUGGGAGUUCAUCGGAACAUGGCGCCCAGCUGGAUGACGAUGCCAAGUUGGCACUGAUUGACGAAUUCUUUGGCAGUUCACGAGUGCCUGAGGUCGAGGGACUUCUCUACCUGAAGAGUGAUGGCAAGAAAGCCUGGAAGAAACACUUCUGCCUCCUGCGGGCGUCAGGGCUGUACUAUUGCCCCAAGGGCAAAUCCAAGUUGCCAAAAGACUUGGUUUGCCUUACAACUUUUGAGAUGAACAACAUAUAUGUGGGUUUUGGAUGGAAGAAGAAGUACAAGGCACCUACAGAUUUUGGCUUUGCAAUCAAGCACCCCCAGAUACAAACAAAAUCGUCCAAGUACAUCAAGUACCUUUGUGCUGAUGACAAGCUGACCCUGCAGCGCUGGGUGACGGGAUGCAGAAUUGCGAAGUAUGGCCGUUUAAUGAGAGAGAACUAUGACAGCCUGAUGCGUGACAUUGUGGAAGAGGACUUGGAGACCCUGGCUCAUGCCCGUAGCUUUUCCAUCAGUUCUAUGGCCAGGGCAGCUGUGAGCCCGGACAGUGGAUCGCCAGAGCUGGCCAGCCCACCGUCCUCUGUGCGGAGAGGCAGUGCAGACUCUGGCCUGACCAUCACGGCGAGCUCUGCUCUGCAAGAAUCUUCUAGUGGAGUGUCGCCCGAGCGCACUGCCACACCGACGGAGCAACAGAUUUCCUUUUUCGAUGCCGACGCACCCGUUGGAACAAUCAAGAGAAAGCCGUCAAUGACACCCAAGAUCCCCCUGACGAACACAACUCGCACGCUUGCUAAGCAGUCAUCGGUUGAACUACCUGACAAUGCUGGAAUUUAUGACACGAGGAGGAACCUCACGGGGAGUCUGGGGAGAGCAUCGGGAGGCCGAAUGAGCCUGCGCCGGUCGCAGACUGACGAGCGCAUUGGCGCCUCUGCCACGCUGUUGAGAAAGGCCAGUCUACCUAGCAAUGCUCGGCCUCCGUCGUGUAGCCCCGAGCGACACAUCGUCGUGCGACCGGCACCCGACGAUUUGGCGGGCAGCAUGCUGAGCCUCGAUUCAUUCCCACCUCCACCGCCACCUUUGCAGCUUGGGGAUGUUCUGAGCUGGCCCAGCACGUCAAGCUUGAACUCACUGCCACCGCCCCCUUCGGAACUAGCAACGCCUACGAACAGCCCCGAUAGCACUACACCCACGCACAGCCCACCGGCCCCGAUCUAUGCCGUCUGUUGCAGUGAAGAGAGGCCUUCGCAGCAAGUGAUGGUGCGACAAAAGCCACCUCCACCGAAACGCAGCGAAAGCACCCGACUCUCGUCUUCUGCGUGGCGGUCGUCACCGGCUGGUCCGGUCACCUGCAGCAAGCCACCGGAUGUGUUCUUGCGGGACUUGCAGCGUGUCAUGGAGAAAAAGUGGAAAGUGGCACAGCAGCUGUCCUCCGAACCAACCGCGACUCCGCACGAAAUUCUGGGUUUCCGCGACCCCCGCUGCCUUCCCCCGACGUUGGAUUGUGCCACUGAUGACAGCUCGUAUAGGCGCAAAAUUGCACCCCCACCGCCGCCAAAGCGCAGUGAUGCUACGCAGCUGACUAGAAAGGUCUGUUAGGCCUCACCUGGCUGCUCUCUGAUGUCAGUGUUUUCGAUGACACAAAAGAUCAUUGCCUGGUUACACAGACUCGUCUAAAGCUGGCUUUGACGGGACAUUUUAUUGUGCUAUCAGCUGUGUGUUUGAUUUCUGUGUUGCUGAAAAGUCAAGUCUGGUGUUUUUUUAGCAAUUUUUGUGUUCAUCAAUGUUUGAACUUGUUUAGGACCUGUAAGGCUGUCACAAUAACCAUCAUUCUGUGACCUCUUGCCAGCUGGUAAACAUGACAAGGAAAAGCACAUACUGUGUCAAAAAAAGCUAUUGUAGUUCUAACGUGCUUUUCUUUGUAUAUACACUAGUAAUUACCUAUUGCACAGAUGACAGUUGUUAG